UGAACCCAUCCAUCAUCAAAAUGUCUGUGAGAAAAGUGUAUGGAAGCAUGAACUGCCCAGACACCUUGAAGGUGAUAACAAGCCUCUUUGAGCACAACCUCGAUUUCGACUUCAUCUCCAUCGAUUUCCUUAAUGGGGAAAAUCUACUCAAACCCUUUCUUUCCAUGAAUCCAUUUGGUAAAGGUCCGGUCUUUCAAGACAAAGACUUCAGUCAAUUCGGAGCAAGGUCAAUCUUAAGAGCCAUGGGUCACCAAUACGCGAAGAACGUCAGUGAGCCACUAAUUUUCCACAAUGGAAAAGAACAAGCCAUUGUGUCUAAUUGGAUCGACGUAGAAGACGAUCACUUUGAACCCGCAGCACGCGAACUUAUUACCAUGAUCUCUUCCAAGCUACCCAAUGAUGAAAAUGUCAUAUUUAAAUUUGGUAUGGUUUUGGAUGAGUACGAAACUCGUCUUGGGAAGUCCCCUUAUCUGGCUGCAAAGAGAUUUACUAUCGCCGAUUUGCUCCACAUCCCUAAUUUGCAUACAUUGAUGGAGACAGCGGUGACUAAGAAGCUCAUAGAGUCGCGCCCUAAGGUUGCUGCGUGGUGCAACCAGCUCUUGGCUCGGCCAGCUUGGAAGAAGGUCCUCGAUAUGAAGAAGUAGAAACUUAUAUUAUUGUAUUGAUAAUAAUCAUCAAUUAUGAUGAAAUAAUUUCAAGUGUGGUUCUAUUAUUAAAUAAAGAAAUCUUAAUGAGUUUGAGUUUA